GUACAAUGGAAAGUGAUCAAACAGAAGAUAAAAAUUCAAUAACAGGAGAAAACAAAAAUUCGGAUGAUAAAGUUGACAUUUCUUUGCAAACAGAAAAUACGAAAAUUGUGGAAUUACGUAAAUCUAAAGCUAUAAAUACUAUAAAUGAUGAAUUAAUUAGUUGCCGACAAUCGCGCGAAAUUCAAACAGAUCCUAUGGAUACGGAAACAAUAGAAAAAUUAAAACAUCGACUAGACACUUUAAUGAAUUCUCUAGCUACUCUUUCGGCAGAAAAAUCUAAAAUGGAAGCAAAUUUUCAACAGGAUAGAAAACAAUUGAGAAAUGAACGAGAUGAAUGUGAAAAAGUGAUUAAAGAUUUGAAGGAAAAAUUGAAAAAGGCGCAAAAUUCAAAUUAUUUAGAAAUGGAACAUGUAAAAUGUAAAUUAAGUAUGGAACGUCACGAAAGGGAAAAAGAACAAGCAAAUCAAGCUAAAAUGAUAAAGGAUCUCCAAAAGUUAUUAUAUGAUGAACGCCGUAAUAAAGAACAAAUGGAAGCGCAAUUGAAAAAUCAGUUUGCAAAUAAGACACAAUGUAAAAUACUUGAAGCUGAAUUAGAAAUAACUAGAAACAAGCUUAAACAAGCAGAAGAAACAGCUAAAGAGACACCUCCAAUUUUAUUAUCACUUCAGUCUGAGAUGGCUCAUAUGAAGAAGCAACAUUUAAAUGCAAUACAUGAAGAGCAAAAAAGAGCUACUACUGCAGAACAACAAGCUAGAGCAUUAGCAAUGACUCAUGAAGCAAGAGUAGCUGGUUUAGAAGCAAAACUGGCUGAACUUUCAGAAGUUAUUGGAGGAUAUGAUAGACUCAGACAACAUGAUCAACAAGCUAUUCAAAAACUGAAAGACCAAUUAGCUAGCCUACAAGAUUCUGAACAUAAUGAUUAUAUUACAUUAAAUGAUGAACCAGAAGAAAUUAUUUCUAAAAUAAAAAAUCUUUACACCAAAUUGUUAGAUUUAGAUAAUAAGAAGAAUGAAUCAGCGCAUGUUAAAUCGUUACUGCACAGCUUAGAAUUAUAUGAUAAGCAACAGGUUGUUGACUAUAAAGAAAAAUAUGAAAUUCUAUUACAAGAAUUCGAGGAUUAUAAACAACAAGUGAAGUAUAGUACUGUUGCAGAUAUGUCAUAUAAUAUUCAGAAUCAAAAUUUUGCAUCUUCUCAUGAUAAAAACAGCAAAACACAACUGCAUUUUUUAAAAGCACAUAAUAAUAAUUUGGAAGAAAGGAUACGUGUGUUGAAUAAUGAAAUUGCGAAUAAAGAAAGAGAAUUGCAAUUAAAAAUAGAGUAUCAGGAAAAAUCAUUUCAAGAAGAACGCGGGAAACUGAAACAUAUGUUGCUACAGAAAGAUAAUGAAUUUCGUAGUAAAAUAUUUGCCUUGGAGCAACAGUUAUUACGUCAACGAGUACGCUCGAUGGCCCUUAUUGAAGAAAAAAAUAAAGAAAUUUUUGCUUUAAAAACAUCUUUUCACGUAUUAAUACCUAAAAAGGAAAAUACUAUAGAAACUAAAAUAGAUGUAUCAAAACAUGAAAGUAGAGCAGAACCGAUUAAUGAUUUAGUAACUGGAUUGUUAACAAACGACAGUCCUCCAAUAUUACAUUACAGUCAAGAGUUAGCAAGAAAAGAGGUUCAAGUAUCAGCGUCUAGGAAGAAAGUUUUGGAAUUAGAAGCAGCAUUACGGGAAAAGCAAAGAGAAAUCGUUCAUAUAAAGGAAAAACAAAAGGAAGAAACAAAAAACUUACAAGCUCUAAUUGCAAGACUGGAAGCUUGCAAAUCUAGAGAAGGUGCAAAUCUUGAAUAUUUAAAAAAUGUUUUUGUAAACUACUUAACUACAAGUGAUGUCUCCAGCAAACGUCACAUGUUAAACGCUAUUUCUACAGUAUUACGUUUUACAUCAGAAGAAUUAAGUAAGGCUCAGAAUGUCGGCGAUUGUCAACACAGAUUACAACAUUUUAUUUGA